CAUUCAGACACGUCUUCUAUUCCAUCAGAAGUGAAUGAAGCUAUGGAAAUCUUAAGAAGAACCGAAAAUGAAAAUUCAAUUGCAACCAUCGAAUAUUUAUCAAUAAACAAUGUCACGUCAUCAAACGACAACAUGCCUAUUUGUAUGGAAUCUUCAAGACUCCAAGUCUGUGAUGUAAUGGAUUCAAAAUCGAAUCUCUGCAUAUCUAAAGAGGAUCCUUUAUGUAAGUUUACUAAUGCAGAGGAGGACAAUAAUCAUUGUCCAGAAGAGGCUUCUAAAGUAGUAGAAGAUAAUGACUAUUACCAAGGAGAGGUUACUAAAAGAAUGGAGAAAGAUGUAUCCAAUGUGAUGGUGAAAGAAAAGCCAUUUUUUAUACCCAAUGAAAAAAUGUUGAUCGAUAUGGGCUUAUAUGAAUGGUUAGAAGAAGAUGAUGAGUUGUGUGAUUGCAUGGAAAUUGAAUGUAAUGGGUGUUUCGAGACUUGCAAAGAAUGCGGAUCUACGAAAUGCAAUCUCAAUUGUAAGAUCAGCGAUUCCAUCAAAGUCAUUAGUGAAAUUUAA